GCUCGGGCUCCAGAGCUGGCGGGAGGCAGAGGCCACCGGCGGCGCGCAGGAGCCUGAGGAACAGCGGCAGUGCACAGCGUGCCGCCAUGGAGUCGGGACCCCCAGAAGGCGGGUACCUGGAGCUUCUCAACAGCGAUGCUGACCCCUGGCAUCUCUACCAUCUCUAUGACCGGAUGGACCUGGCUGCAGAAGAAGAGAUUGAGCUCUGCUCAGAACCCGACACAGACACCAUCAACUGCGACCAGUUCAGCAGCCUGCUGUGUGACAUGGAAGGUGACGAAGAGACCAGGGAGACUUAUGCCAAUAUCGCGGAACUGGACCAGUACGUGUUCCAGGACUCCCAGCUGGAGGGGCUGAGCAAAGACAUUUUCAUAGAGCACAUAGGAUCAGAGGAAGUGAUCGGUGACAGUGUGGAGGUGCCAGCAGAAGUGGGGCAGAAAAGUCAGAAAAGACCCUUCCCAGAGGAGCUGCCUGCAGACCUGAAGCACCGGAAGCAGGCCGAGGCCCCUGCUAUGCCCAUGGUGACUGGCAGUUUCCUGGUGGGGCCAGUGAGCGACUCCUCUGCCCUGCCCUUCCUGCCACCACCUGCUCUGUUCAACCAGGAGCCAGCGUGCGGCCAGAUCCCCCUGGAAGAAACCGUCCAGAUGCCCACGGCCCCCUCCUGGUCCUCGGUGAGCUGCCUGAACCUCCCUGCCGGACCCAUCCAGUUGAUCGCCACUCUCCCCGCUCUGUCCCAGGGGCUCUGGCAAAUCUCAGGGGUUGGGGUGUCCAGUGUCUUCAUCUACCAGGGUGAAGUGCCCCAGGCUGGACAAGCACCCCCUUCCAGUGGCCCCGCUAUUCACAGCCUCCCCAAGUCCCCAGACCGGCCCGGCUCCACCAGCCCCUUCGCUCCUUCUGCAGCUGAUCUGCCCAGCAUGCCUGAGCCAGCGCUGACCUCCCACGCAGACGUGACAGAGAGUGAAAUGUCCCCCACCCAAUGCCAGGCAGACGAGGAGGUCUCCAGCGAGCUUCCCAAAUGGCCUGAGCCGGUGGAGCGGUUCUGUCGCUUGCUGCGGGAGGAGUACCGGGCGGAGCCCGCGGGCCCCGACGGCAUCCUGGUUCAGGUGGACCUCGUGAGGGCCGGGCUGGAGAGGACCAGCAACAAGAGCCAGGAGUGGGAGCUGGCCACCCCGGACUGGGCGGAGCGGCAGCUGGCCCAGGGGGGCCUGGCCGAGGUGCUGCUGGCGGCCAGGGAGCGGCGGCGGCCGCGGGAAACGCGCGUGGUUGCCGUGCUGGGCAAGGCGGGGCAGGGGAAGAGCUGCUGGGCUCGCGCCGUGAGCAGGGCCUGGGCCCGCGGGCAGCUCCCGCAGUACGACUUCGUCUUCCACGUCCCCUGCCACUCUUUGGACCGUCCGGGGGAUGCCUGCUGCCUGCGGGACCUGCUCUUCUCCCUGGGCCCGCAGCCACUCGAGGCGGACGACGAGGUCCUCAGCUACAUCUUGAGAAGGCCCGACCGCGUCCUGCUCAUCCUGGACGCCUUCGAGGAGCUCGAGGCCCAAGAGGGCUUUCUGCACAGCGCGUGCGGCCCGGCGUCCGCAGAGCCCCGCUCCCUCCGGGGGCUGCUGGCCGGCCUCUUCCAGCGGAAGCUGCUGCGGGGCUGCACCCUGCUCCUGACGGCCCGGCCCCGCGGCCGCCUGGCCCAGAGCCUGAGCAAGGCCGACGCCCUGUUCGAGAUGGCCGGCUUCUCCAGCGAGCAGGCCCGGGCCUACGUGUCGCGUUACUUUGAGUGCUCGGGGGCGAGCGAGCACCGAGACAGAGCCCUGGCGCUCCUCCGGGACCAGCCGUUUCUCCUCAGUCACGGCCACAGCCCUGCUGUGUGCCGGGCAGUGUGCCAGCUCUCGGAGGCCCUGCUGGAGCUGGGGGAGGGGGCCAGGCUGCCCGCCACACUCACGGGCCUCUACGUGGGCCUGCUGGGCCCUGCAGUCCGCGACGGCCCCCCGGGAGCCCUGGCGGGGCUGGCCAAGCUGGCCUGGGAGCUGGGCCGCAGGCGCCAAGGCACCCUGCAGGAGGGCCAGUUCCCCUCCGCGGAGGUGAGGACCUGGGCUGUGGCCAAGGGCUUCGUGCGGCCCGCCCCGGGGGCCGCAGUGGCCGAGCUGGCCUUCUCCAGCUUCCUCCUGCAGUGCUUCCUGGGGGCCGUGUGGCUGGCCCUGAGCAGCGAAAUCAAGAACAAGGAGCUGCCGCAGUAUCUGGCACUGACGCCGCGGAAGAAGAGGCCCUAUGACAACUGGCUGGAGGGCGUGCCGCGCUUCCUGGCCGGGCUCAUCUUCCAGCCUCGCACGCGCUGCCUGGGAGCCCUGGUCGGGCCGGCGGAGGCCGCCUUGGUGGACCGGAAGCGGAAGGUGCUCACCAGGUACCUGAAGCAGCUGCAGCCCGGGACGCUGCGGGCCAGGCGGCUGCUGGAACUGCUGCACUGCGCCCACGAGGCCGAGGAGGCUGGGAUCUGGCAGCACGUGGUGCAGGAGCUCCCCGCCCGCCUGUCCUUCCUGGGCACCCGGCUCACGCCUCCCGAUGCACAUGUGCUGGGCAGGGCCUUGGAGGCGGCGGGCCGAGACUUCUCCCUGGACCUUCGCAGCACUGGCAUUGACCCCUCUGGACUGGGGAACCUCGUGGGACUCAGCUGUGUCACCCGUUUCAGGGCUGCCUUGAGCGACACGGUGGGGCUGUGGGAGUCCCUACGGCAGCGUGGGGAGACCAAGCUGCUCCAGGCGGCGGAGGAGAAGUUCACCAUCGAGCCUUUCAAAGCCAAGUCCCCGAAGGACGUGGAAGACCUGGGCAACCUCGUGCAGACCCAGAGGACGAGAAGUUCCUCAGAAGACGCAGCCGGGGAGCUCCCCGCUGUCCGGGACCUAAAGAAACUGGAGUUUGCGUUGGGCCCCACCGCAGGCCCCCAGGCCUUCCCCAAACUGGUGAGGAUCCUCGCGGCCUUCUCCUCCCUCCAGCACCUGGACCUGGACGCGCUGAGCGAGAACAAGAUUGGGGACGAGGGCGUCGCGCAGCUCUCCGCCACCUUCCCUCAGCUGAAGGCCCUGGAAACCCUCAACCUGUCCCAGAACAGCAUCACCGAUGUGGGUGCCUGCAAGCUCGCCGAGGCCCUGCCUUCGCUUGCUGCGUCCCUGCUCAGGCUGAGCUUGUACAAUAACUGCAUCUGCGAUGCGGGGGCCGAGAGCCUGGCUCGGGCGCUUCCGGACAUGGUGUCCCUCCGGGUGAUGGAUGUCCAGUACAACAAGUUCACGGCCGCCGGGGCCCAGCAGCUCGCCGCCAGCCUGCGGAAGUGUCCUCACGUGGAGACGCUGGCGAUGUGGACACCCACCAUCCCAUUUGGUGUCCAGGAGCACCUGAAACAGCUGGACUCACGAAUCAGCCUGAGAUGAUCCCAGCUGUGCUCUGGACAAGCACAUUCUCCGAAGACACUGACCGUGCUGGACCUUGAACUGGGUACUUGUGGACACAGCUCUCCCCUGGGGCGUAGCCCGUGAGCGUCAGCACCCCGACACCCAGUGCCUGCACGUUCAGGGCUGGCCCCGCCCGCUGCAGAGCAAACCGUGUCUUGCUGUGCUGACAGACACCGGCCCGCUCCAGGCCUCCUCAGGGCCCAGACCGGUGGGCGCCUGGUGGCAGCUGCGUCCACCCGGGAGCCCUGAGGCCUCCCCUGCAGGACACUCCGGACAGCCACGGCCAGUCCAGAGUGAGGAGAUGAGGCAGCCACGCUUGGGCCUGCCAGGCCCCUGCCAGCCUGCUGAAGAGCACUUCUGCAUGCUGCUGUCCCACCAGACUCCCGGACAGGGCACUCUUAGCGCGGGGCAGACACUGGUGGGCAACCCCCGGCCUGCUAAUUCCCCAGACCACGACGGGCUGGGGUACCGUGGCAGCUGCUUGCGUCUGCGGGACUCGCUGUGCACUGACUUUGUUGGCCAAGGCCAAAGCCGGGCCUGGCCAGGUGCCCGGGACCUUAGCAGAGCAACAGGUAAUGGUACACUAAUGGAUGGGGCAGGGGACAGACAGGAGCCACAGCUUCGCUUCCUGUGUCUUUUUUCACUACAUUAUAAAUGUCUCAUUAACCUCACGGCAGGUCCAGGGUUUCAGUUUAUACCAUGAUUACCAUGUUGGGGUACCCACUGUUCUGUCUAAAUGUGUAAAAACCACCCCCAAACAUAGUGCCUUAAAAUAACACACACUUCUGCUCACACACCUGUCAUUUGGGCAGGGCUUGGUGGGGACGGCUCAUCUCUGUCCCACUCAGUGUCGGCUGCGGCAGCUCGAGGG